CCCUGAUUGGCUGGCAGAGGAUGGGGCGGAGCCAGUAGGUGUGGAGCUUCCGGGUACGGAGAAGCGAAGCGCUUACGGGAGGGAGGCUGCCGGCCUGGGCUCCCCGAGAGUGCCCAUGCCGGUGCACCCGGCGCCCAAGGAGGCGGAGGAGAUGGAGGGGGACGGGGACUCGGCACCUGAGCUGAAUGGCGAAGAGGAGGAGAGCGAGGAGGAGCAUAGUGCCAGCCCUUCUGAAUCAGAGGAAGAAAGCUCAGAGAUGGACGAGGAGGACUGUGAGCGGCGCCGCAGCGAGUGCCUGGAUGAGAUGUGUGACCUGGAGAAGCAGUUCUCUGAGCUCAAGGAAAAGCUAUUCAAGGAGCGGCUGAACCAGGUGAAGGCCAAGCUGGAGGACGUGGCGUCAGGGCGGGCGGCCGAGUACCUCGACCCCCUGGGUGUCCUGCAGAACAACAUGAAGAUCCGCAUCGAGGUGGCUGGCAUCUACAAGGGGCUGUGCCUGGAGGUGGUGAGGAACAAGCACGAGUGUGAACUGCAGGGAGCACGCCAGCACCUGGAGAGUGAGAAGCUGUUGCUCUACGACAACAUGCAGAGCGAGCUGCUGGAGCGAAUCCAGCGCCUGGAGGAUGAUCGGCAGAGCAUCGACAUCACCUCAGAGUGGUGGGACGACAAGCUGCGCCCCAAGAACAGCCUCAAGAAGUGGGAUCCCUUCCGGCCCGCCAAGAGGAAGAAAGCGCCGCUUGUGUCUGGCCCCUACAUCGUCUACAUGCUGCGGGACAUCGACAUCCUGGAAGACUGGACGGCCAUCAAAAAGGCUAAAGCAGCCGUGUCACCCCAGAAAAGAAAAUCCGAUGUGCUGGUGAAGGUGGAGAAGCCAGGCGCCCAGUUCUCAGCCCGCUGCGAGGACGGGCGGCUGCAUUAUGAGGGUGAGAUCUACAGCAAAGGGCAGAGCGUCAUCCUGGAGGUCGGGGACGAGGCACCCGCGCAGGCAGUGAUCACGGCUGUCAGCACUGGGGAGGUCUGGCUGCGCCGGGAGGAUGGCACCAAGACCAAAAUCUACGUCUCGCAGCUGCAGAAGGGCAAGUACUCGGUGCGCAAGGCCUGAGCGGGCCCUCUCGUGGCUCAGCCCUGCGGCUCGGCACAGGCCUCCUCCUGGAAACCAAUGGCCCACGGACCCUCCCCGGCGCACCGAGUGGCUGGACUUGCUCUCCCCUUGCACUAGGACUCAGAUGGAGAGGACUCUGGGGCCCUGCCCGGCGGGGUAUUCCCAUGGCCAGUGCUCCCGCCUCAGAUCCCUGCAGACAGGCCAGCACGAGGCUUCACCGCUCGCUUCCCUCGCUAGGACUCUGGUGUUUGUAGCAAUCUUGGGGGGCUGCACGUAAACCCCGGUGCCUGGGGCUGUUGUGCCCCCCAGGGAAAUAGGGGUGCUGGUUCCAGGGGCUUCAGCAGGAAAAGCCCUGGGCCUCGGCCAGACCCCUGGAAGCGUUCACAUUAAAAACCAAGUGAAACAUACAA